AUGGACACGUAUCAAACAACUACAUGCAUAUAUUUCGGCGUGUCUAGACUAGACGCUAAAAAGGUUAGCUGGUACAUCACGACCUGCGAAUGCUGGUGGUGGUGGGGGAACGUGGAGACGCCUUGGGACGUAAAAGACAAUGUGGGAUUGGAAAACAAGUAUAAAAUAAGGAACAUAAGUCACGAUCUUUUGACGCAAGCGUAUAUGAGGGUGAGACACGUGCUGGAUAUAAGGGACUACCAUAAGGGUACUAACCCUUUCGAAGUCGGAUAUAUUAUGGGUAAGAUACGCGAAAAAUAUAGACGAAUGAUGGAACAUUACUAUCAGUGGAGGGAUAAGGCGUCGGGGAAGUCUGCGUUUGUGGGACCAGGUGUUAGAGAAAUAAAACCCAUCCAUUUCUUGUUGACCAUGGAACACGUAUUUACUUAUGAGCGCGACAUACAUAAGUAUUGUGACACCAUCAUCAGUUACUUCACCAAUGAUGAGUAUCCCGUUAAGAAAGGCGCUCAAAUAAACCAAGCACUAUGGAAGAAAAGGCGUGAAGCAAAAGCCAGAUUGACGAGAACAAGAAACCCUGCUAUGUUUGGCAAUGGUACAUUUGGUAGCACCGGCGCUUCGAGCCAAUUGUCACCGGGUAUGACCAUGCCGGCAGACAUGACCAUGCCGGCAGACAUGACCAUGCCGGCAGGUAUGACCAAGCCUGGCGGCAGACGCAUGGAGGAAAACCACAAGAGUUGGCUACGACAGAAAUACUUGAUGCGGCGUCUGGGUUUGCCUGAAAAUUCCACCACGAGGAAGAAGCGUUUUAUGCACAAUUGGCCGGUGGAGGGUAGCUGGGAUUUCGCACCGUACGACGUUGGACUUUGA